CCCGAUCUCAAAUUCAAAAUCCCAAAACCCUAAUCCAUGGAUUCCACUCCUCCAUCCAAAUCGAUCUUCAUCCUCUCCGGCCAGAGCAACAUGGCCGGCCGCGGCGGCGUCCACUCUCGCAAAUGGGACACCAUCAUCCCCACCGAAUGCGAGCCCCACCCCUCCAUCCUCCGUUUCUCCGCCUCCUCCUCCUGGGACACCGCCGUCGAACCUCUCCACGCCGACAUCGAUGUUUCCAAGGCCUGCGGCGUUGGUCCGGGGAUGCCCUUCGCCACCGCGCUCCUACCACAUCUUCCUCCUGGAUCAACGAUCGGCCUCGUGCCGUGCGCCGUCGGUGGCACUGCGAUCAAGGAAUGGGAGCGGGGGGAGAAGCUGUAUGAGGAGAUGGUGAGGAGAUCGAAGGAGGUCGCCGGGGAGGGGGAGAUCAAGGCGGUGCUGUGGUUCCAGGGGGAGAGCGAUUCACUUAGCGAUGAUGCUGCGAGUGUUUACAAGAUGAAGAUGGAGCAGCUCAUACGGAAUCUCCGGGAGGAUCUCCAGCUUCCAUCUCUUCCUUUCAUUCAGGUUGCACUUGCAUCUGGAGGCGAGAAGCAAUACUUUGAAAAGGUUAGAGAGGCUCAAUUGGGAAUACAAGUGCCCAAUGUUGUUUGUGUGGACCCCAUGGGCUUUUCACUCAAUGAAGAUAACAUGCAUCUCACCACUGAAUCUCAAAUCAAGUUGGGUAAAAUGCUUGCACAAGCAUACCUUGAUAACUUCUAUGUUUCUGCUUAAUUAAUUUAUUUAUUACUUCAUGCUCUUAUUAAACUUUAAUAAAUCUGCAAGUUAAUCAUGCCUGUGCCAAACUCAUUAGAACCAUGAUCACUGAAGCUGUUCUUGCCUCAAUUCAUUUAUGAUGUAGUACUUUCUUGUUAAUCUAUUAUGUAACAAUUUAG